ACUUAAAAGCAGUUGAUGCGGUUGCGAAACAGCAUUAUUACAAUGUAACCCUGCAUUCUAUAAAUUUUCCUUGCCCUCCGACGUCUGCCGUUCUUGCUAAGAAUUUAUGAUAAAAUAAAGCAUCACAAACCUUAACGAUGCACAGCUUGCUUUUGUUAGCACAUCAACAGCUUUACUGAUACAUUUUGGAACAUGAUACAUUGUGAAAAAUUGCACGGUUGAAUCUACAUAUGGCUACUUUGCAACUGACGUUUUGCAGCUCACCCUUUCAGUAGCAAUGCCUUCUGAAGCAAUGGCAAUGAAAAUGGAGGAACCACUGCUUAUUCUAAGGCGCUUCCAACCGGUGCCGGUUUAUGAGGUGCUCUUGUUUCAUGUCAGAAAUACACUUUGAGGACUAGACGUGCUCUGCUUUUGUUGUUGUAACUGCAAAAAUAUUCUCCAAGUAAUUUUUUUAUGAAAUUUUGCGGAAGAGACGGUCCUUGGGCGAAUAAAAAUCCUGGUCGUUCCUGUAUAAAGAACCAACUGUACCGAGAACUGUUGGAGUAAAUUCUUGAACCCAUUCGGACUUAAUUUGAUUCUGAAUUAUAGUUUAUUUCCUUACAUCAAACAUACAUAUAUUCCGGAUUUUUCUCUGAAUAAGUUCUAAGUAAGUGUGAUAAGGUGUAGUCCUGCUUCUGGGCAAACACGUACAUUUGCGAGUGUAAAUUUAAUUACCUCCUACUUGGAACGUUAACAGACUAUUCGUUACUUGAGACUCGCAAAUAAAAAAACAGUUUCACUAUAUGAAAUGUGUUCCGGAAGAGAAACUCCAUUUUUGUUGACCACUGCAAAAGUUUAACGUAUUACGAUUUAAUAGCAGCUUUGGGCCUUUAUUGAGUUGGUGCCACUGCCCUGUUCUUGAUGUCAAGAAGAACGAUACAAACACCGGUCACAGUUUAAAAUCCCAAGCAUAGAGGUGAUUGCUGAUCAUGCACUUUUAUAAGGUAUGCGAUAGACGUCCAAUCGUUGACUUUUUUGUUUGCUUGACAAAUUAAAAUUAAAAUUUUUUUGUAUGAGCUUCAAUUUUCCGUGCAUACUUAUUUAAUGUCAUUUAUAUUUUUGUAGACUCUCGAUCAGUAUUUGUCCACAAAUCAAUUACAGCAAAUCAUAUCGAUAAGUAAAUGGAUUAUUAUAUUUAUAAUCCGAAAACAAACGAUUUUACCAAUCAAUUUGUAAUAAUGGCAGGUAAUAGUAAUAGCAAAUCAAUAAUAUCACAGCAUUCAAAGCAAAAUAUUCCGGUAACGAAAAUACAUUACUUUUUGUGGCCAUUGGUUUUUGGUGUGAAUCUAUACGAUUUUCUGAGCCUGUGUCAUCUUGUACCGACACAUAGUCUUCACCUGUCUCGGCCGUACUUAAUGAGCACGUCAUCGUUUCAAGUUUUCCAUAAGCCUCAAACAAAACCGUAUGAUUUACCUAUGAUUUGCAAUUGAUCAAAUAUGUCCUUUUUCUAAUCUCAGGCAUCUGGUUGAAUACAAAUAUAUCUACAAUAAUUGUCGCUCAUA